UAAUCAUUCUUCAGUUCUAUUUCUCGAUGCUUUGUUCCUUACGAUACCCAAACAUGCCCGGAAUAUUCAAGAAGAUGUUCAUCAAAUUUUUGUACCCAAUCGCCCUUAUUAUCGGAAAGUACCCAUGGCAUAUUUAUGUUGUUUUUGUGCUCUCGUUUUCGCUUUGGAGUCGAAAUAUAGAACAGAUCGCUUUGGGAUGCUUUGUUGGCGCCGUAUUCCCAGGAAGCUGGACUAUAAUAACGAUGCAAGAGGAUCAAGACAACAAAAGGGCUGCUGCACUCAAAAAGGUUGAACAGCAGUUCAUUGAAUUCAACACAUAUAUAGACAAUCAGCGCGCCUCCUGUCAAGUGGACACCAGGGAAUCGGAUGCAUAUCAGCUUUGCUCGUUGACAGUGACUCAGCAAUGCCUAGUGUCGAAACAAAUAGCAGAAGCUCUGUACUCUGCCGAACGGGCCUUGGCUGCACGCGUCUCCCCUCGUUGGACUGAUCUCGAUAGAAUCACAACUGGUCUGGGCACCCAGGAAAGAAGAGUACAAGCAAUCGUAGAGAACUACUUAGCAUUUAGGAGCACGCUGCCAUUCACAGCACCGCAUGAUCAAUUGGACGCCGCCCAGCAGUGGGUGGCUCAGGUCAACGCGGCGUAUCCUCCAAUUGCCGCAGACCCAGUUGAUGAAUCUUUCUUGUGAUUGAUUUGGGACGAGAUGAACGGUAGAAUAAGCAGUUAGAAUACUAGCAGAACGACACGCAAUAGAAAUAUGUAACA